CUGGGGUGUGGGCGGGGAGCGGCGGAGGGAGGAGGAGGUGCUGCUGGCCGCCGCCGUUGCCUCGGCUGCUGGGCGCCUGGGCAGCUCCCACGGUUCCUGCGGCCGCCAUGGACGAGCAAGCGGGUCCCGGCGUCUUCUUCAGCAACAACCACCCCGGCGCCGGCGGUGCCAAGGGUCUCGGGCCUCUGGCGGAGGCUGCCGCGGCCGGCGACGGGGCGGCUUCGGCGGGGGCGGCCCGAGCCCAGUACAGCCUCCCAGGGAUCCUGCACUUCCUGCAGCACGAGUGGGCCCGCUUCGAGGUCGAGAGAGCCCAGUGGGAGGUGGAGCGGGCGGAGCUGCAGGCUCAGAUUGCCUUCCUUCAGGGGGAAAGGAAAGGUCAAGAAAAUUUGAAGAAGGAUCUUGUGAGGAGGAUCAAAAUGCUGGAGUAUGCUCUUAAACAGGAAAGAGCUAAAUACCACAAGUUGAAAUAUGGAACAGAAUUGAAUCAGGGAGAUAUGAAGCCUCCAAGCUAUGAUUCUGAUGAAGGUAAUGAAACAGAGGUGCAGCCACAGCAAAACAGCCAGUUAAUGUGGAAACAAGGUCGACAGCUACUCAGACAGUAUCUACAAGAGGUGGGUUACACAGAUACUAUUCUAGAUGUGAAAUCCAAACGAGUGCGAGCAUUGUUGGGCUUUUCAAGUGAUGUCACUGACAGGGAAGAUGACAAAAAUCAGGACUCAGUUAUAAAUGGCACAGAGGCUGAAGUUAAAGAGACAGCAAUGAUUGGAAAAUCCGAGUUAACAGAUUCUGCCUCUGUGCUGGAUAAUUUUAAAUUCCUUGAAAGUGCAGCUGCAGAUUUCAGUGAUGAAGAUGAAGAUGAUGACAUUGAUGGAAGAGAGAAAAGCAUCAUUGAUACUUCAACGAUUGUUAGGAAAAAAGUAUUGCCUGAUAGCAGUGAAGAUCGAGAUGCAAAAGAAGCUCUAAAGGAGUUUGACUUCUUGGUUACAUCAGAAGAGGGAGACAGUGAAUCCAGAAGCGCGGGCGAUGGAACAGACUGGGAAAAGGAAGACCAGUGUCUCAUGCCUGAAGCUUGGAAUGUGGACCAGGGAGUAAUUACCAAACUCAAGGAACAAUACAAAAAGGAGAGAAAGGGGAAAAAGGGGGUGAAGAGAAAAACUACCGAAGAUCUGUUUCAGCCUCUAUCCUAUAUAAAACAGUCAAAACAGGGAUGUGGGAGAAUGAAGCAUCAAAAUACAGGGCCCAAUAGGUCAAAACUGCAAGAUAUGCUUGCUAAUUUGAGAGAUGUUGAUGAACUUCCCUCAUUGCAGCCAUCUGUGGGUUCACCUUCCAGACCCAGCAGCUCCAGGCUUCCUGAACAUGAAAUAAAUAGGGCAGAUGAAGUGGAAGCAUUGACGUUUCCUCCUUCUUCUGGGAAGUCAUUCAUCAUGGGAGCAGAUGAAGCCCUUGAAAGUGAACUGGGACUUGGGGAAUUGGCAGGCCUCACAGUGGCCAAUGAAGCAGACUCAUUAACUUAUGAUAUAGCAAACAAUAAAGAUGCAUUGAGAAAGACAUGGAACCCUAAGUUUACAUUAAGAAGUCACUUUGAUGGCAUUAGAGCCCUUGCUUUCCACCCCAUUGAGCCUGUUUUGAUAACAGCAUCAGAGGAUCACACGUUAAAAAUGUGGAAUUUGCAGAAAACAGCCCCAGCCAAAAAGAGCACUUCUCUCGAUGUGGAGCCUAUCUAUACAUUCAGAGCUCAUAAAGGUCCAGUGCUUUGUGUGGUAAUGAGCAGCAAUGGCGAGCAGUGCUACAGUGGUGGUACUGAUGGACUCAUCCAGGGCUGGAACACCACCAACCCCAACAUCGAUCCCUACGACUCUUAUGAUCCUUCUGUUUUAAGAGGCCCGCUCCUAGGCCACACCGACGCAGUCUGGGGUUUGGCUUACAGUGCAGCACACCAGCGUUUGUUGUCCUGUUCAGCAGAUGGCACUCUCCGUUUAUGGAAUACAACUGAGGUUGCUCCAGCCCUGAGUGUAUUUAAUGAUAAUCAAGAAUUGGGAAUCCCUGCCUCUGUGGAUCUAGUGAGCAGUGACCCAAGCCAUAUGGUAGCAUCAUUCAGCAAAGGAUACACAAGCAUCUUUAACAUGGAAACACAACAACGCAUUCUCACUUUAGAAUCCAGCCUAGAUUCAACAGCCAACUCUUCCUGCCAAAUAAAUAGAGUCAUCAGUCAUCCCACUCUUCCCAUCAGCAUCACAGCUCAUGAAGACAGGCAUAUCAAAUUCUAUGAUAACAAUACAGGCAAACUGAUCCACUCGAUGGUAGCCCACCUAGAAGCUGUUACAAGUUUAGCAGUUGAUCCAAAUGGCCUGUACUUAAUGUCUGGCAGUCAUGACUGUUCAAUACGUUUAUGGAACCUAGAAAGUAAGACGUGUAUCCAAGAAUUCACAGCUCAUCGGAAAAAAUUUGAAGAAUCAAUUCAUGACGUAGCUUUCCACCCAUCCAAAUGCUAUAUAGCCAGUGCUGGGGCUGAUGCACUGGCCAAAGUCUUUGUAUGACACAAUGCAUCAUCUUUACCUUCUAGCUGUUUAUAAAUAAUCAACUGCACAAAAGAGAUAUAGAAGACCAGGGCAAGAAUCAACCCAUCCAACCCUUUUGUUCUGCUGAAGGAGCACAGAGAACAUUUGUUAAAGUAUAGUUUUGCAGUUCGUACACUGUUUUCUAAAACUAAGGUUUGUUCAGGUUGCUGCAAGCUCAGCUGAAUCUGUGAGCCUGAAAACGUUAAAAUUUUUCCCGAAAUAGAAGCUUUUAUUUCUGAGGUGGUUCUAAUUCGCUAGGCAGGCCUAAGCGAAAAACAUAGGUUUAGCUUGUUCCUAUUGAGUAAAUAGGGCACAUUACAAGGGAUAAUUAAAAAAAGCUUGAUGACUGGGAAUGAGUAGAGGAAGAAUGGAAAUUUAGUCCUAGUUCUCCCCUGAGAAAUCUUGUUAAAUAUAUUAAGUAGUCAAAACAGUAAUCUUUAUCAUAUCUGCUGUACUAACCCCUAUGUACAUAAUGACCAGGCAGUGUUAAAAUGAGGUUUUAACUUAGCUCUCCUUUCAACUGUUCUCAUAAAGCACCUGGCAAAACAUUUCACUUAUUAGAGGGAAAAAAAGAAAUGCAAUAAUAUGUUAAAUAUAUUAUUAUUCAGAAAUGCUAAACAAAUAUUUAGUUUGUAAGCAGAUUUCUAUAUAUUGUAUUACAUUUUUGAAAAUAGAUUUGGUACCAUUCUAAAGUUUAGCUGUCAAAAACACUCACCAUUAUGAAGAAUAGUUGAUAAGAGUCUCCUUUUACUAGAGGAUUUAACUUAUUCAGGUUUAAGAUUCUGUUUAUUUUUAAUGGCAAGAGGGCAUAUCUUUAUAAUAAUUUCUAUUAAUUUUAAAAUUCACUUUAUUCAUGUGAUAUUUAUACUACCAGAGUGAUUAUUUCAUAUCAGUGAAAUCUUACCUUUCAGUGGUUGAAAAGCUGGAAGUUAUUUGCAAGUACUCAUUUAUCAAAACCCACAUAACCAUGCUUCAAUUGAUCUCUACUUUCUUCUUUGUCUCUCAUAUUCAAAUUAUCUGACACCUACCAAAAAUAUUUCAUAAUUAUUAUGUUUUAAUAGUCCAAAGGGUAUGGCUAACCUCAGGCAGCUGCUUUUUCAGAAGUACUAAAUAAAGCAAGUGUUUUGUUCUCCAGACGUUCCCUUAUUAAUACCUCCAAGAAGAAGAACCUCUUGGAAAUCUGGAUGGAAUAGUUCAGUGUAUAAUAUUGGCUAAAGGGUUCUCUCUUUCUCUCCCUCUCCUUACCCCACCUCCAGUUUUUAAUUGAAAUACACAGCAUGUGUUAAUGGGCAGUGAAUCAAUAUUCUUUCUGGGGAAAACCAUGUCUUAAAGGACCUCAUCCCUGCAACUUCCCACAUCUCCUCACAUUUGUUCUUGUUUGCCCAAAAUGUCAGAGACCAAUCUGGAAAUUAGAAAUGUUAUACUAAUACCCAAAUUUUCAGCAAAAUGUAUUUUUAAUAGGCUCUCAGAUUAAAAAAAAAAAUCCAUAUCCAUAUUUUUAACCUUUUGAUAUAAUUCUGCAUUCCUAUGCCCACAUAUUCCAUUAUCAUAACAAUAGCACUUCUGAUAAUAUGUACAUCUGCUCCCUAAAGAAGUAUUAUCAUGAUAGUGUGGAUAUUAAUUGGCAAUUUUACUUUUAAAUUUUUUGCUUAUCUGCCUCUAGAAUUCUGCAGUAUGUAGGCAAAUUUUCUUUAAAGACCUGUGUUAAAUUUGCUUGACUGAUACACAGAUAUGCUUUAAUAUUUUGACACAGCUACCUUGUUAUUUCACCUGUGCUUUGGUUAACAGUGGGCUCAAGGAACUCCUUUAUACAUUCAAAUGAAUUGACCUGAAUAUGAGCUACCAGGUAAAUGUUUAUAUUCCCGUACAGAUAUAAAGUUCCACAUUGUGUUUGGUGAAUUCCUUUUUUGAUUCUUCAGAAAGUAAAUAAAUGAUGUUGCUGAUCUAACAUUUGUAGAAGAAAACUGGAAAAUUCCAGUCAGGUGCUCUUAAUUGGCAUAUUUGUGAUGGAUGACUACAAGCUGUUGUUCUGCCAGUUAUUGCUUUAAUUACCUUCCAAGGUCUUCAGUGCCUGCUUUACUUCUGUCACUGGAAUUCUCAAAACCAAGACAUUCUCCUCACCUACAUUUUAUGCCUCAUGGUUGAAAUUUUUCUGUUAAUUAAGUGGAAAAUAACCAUGAGAUAUGUAGACUGUAGUGCAAAUGAUGGAGCUGUUGAAAGUUCCUUAGAAAGCCAGUGCUGUGUUCUUGGAGAUUGUACCCAGGAACAGAGAUUCUUCUCCACUAACCUUGUUAUGGUCUCAGCCUAGAAAUGAGCCAAAGCUGACUUCCAACCAGACAGAAGCAUAUAUAUGUAUCUAAUUUUUCCCUCAGCCUAUCAGAGAUUCAAUGAAAAUUGACAAAAUGAACAAAUUCCAGAUUUGAACAGUCAUUGAAAUGCUUUCAUAGUGCUUGAUUUGUAAAUAUUUUGGAUGAAAUGUAUUGGAAUAGUAUGAAAAUCAGCAGGAGAUGUGGGUCCCUGCCUUAUUUUCAUAUGCUAUGGAUACAUCUCUGGGAGCUUGCAGCACCCUUCUUGAAACCCAGCUGUCAUAUGGAGCUCAUUUGCUUCUAACCAUAGACAGAUAUUUAACGUAAGUGAUAUAAUGACCUUCAGUAUUUUUCUAUGGAACAAGUUUAGCAAUUUUUGCCAUUAAACAGAUAAUUAGUUAUGCAAAGUAUUUAGCUUUUAUAAUCAUUUUAGUUAUGACUAAAAGGGGGGAAAUUGAACUGCAUCACCGAUAAUGAACUUUGUGAGAAAAUUUUUGUUUAUCUGACUUUCAUUCCUUCAAUAUUCUUGCUAUAAAUUUCUUUUGGAGAUAAUGAUGAAGAUUUAUUUGAAAAUGUCUAAAAUGUAUGUAUAUUUUAUAAAUAUAUAUUAUAUAUAUUGUAGGGAUAUAUAUAAUAUAUAUAGACUAUAUAUAUAUAUAUAUAUAAUACCAUAGGUGCAUUUUACUGUUUUGUAUUUUCAUUUUUGGAGGUAGUGUACACAGCAGGUAAUGAUGAGUAUGAUGAGUGUUGUGCUGUUUGCUUUUGCAGUAUAAUAUAUAGUUCUAAAUGUUUAAAUUCCUGUAUAUACUAUAUUCAUUAUAGGCUAGCAUGCUUGUUUUAAAGACUGUCAUUCUAGUUUAUUAAAAUCUGAAUGUAAGAAAACCUGGCUAUUCAAAUGUGAAUUGAAAAAUAUUCCAUUCUCAGUACUGAACUAUUUCCAUUGAACAUUCAGGAUUUUUGACAAAACAGAUAUCAUCAAGAAGGCAAUAGCUAGAGAAAGAGAGGUGCCUUUAAAAAAAAAUACAAACGCAGCCUUACAGUGAGGGUGAGGGUUGAGUUUUUUUGUGGGGGAAGGGGUGAGAGAGAGUGAGAGUGUGUGUGUGCGUGUGUGUGUGAGAGAGUGUGAGUGUUUGCCAAUCUGUGAAGGUCCUGAUUUGUGACCAUCAAUGUCUUUUUAAUGUAUCUGUUCAACUUCUAGGACUUCAGGGGACAUUUCAUGCUCUGUCUUCGUGCUCUUCUGAGCACCAUAAAUACUUUCCAAGAAUUUUGAAUGUGAAUUCCUAGAAAUUUCAGUAGAGAAGAAAAUAACUAUUCUUUCAUUAUAAGUCAAGUUCAGGUAAAAGGAGAAAUUAUUGAUUCACCAAAAUUAUGGAAUCUCAUUAAUGUUGGCUAAGUAAAUGUAAUUUUUACAGGCUCACUUUUUUAGUACUUCAUAUAUUUCCCCUUUACAUAAGAGCAUGUCAUGAAAUUCUUAUGUGAUGAAGAUUCAACUAGUGAAAAUUAUUUUUAAAUUAAACACCUGAACUAGUUAAAAUUCCACCUAAGAAUAGUAUUUAAAUGGCAUCUUUCAUAUCUACCUCUUUGUCAUUGCUGCCAUUUUUGACUCAAGCAGAUCUUUAUGACAUCUAAAAUAAUGAUUGGAUGCAAUUUAAAAAUCUGUGUUGGUGCUUUUCUCAGGCUUUGUCAUUUUAGUUAUAUUGAACAAAGAUGUCACAAAUCAGAUUGAAAGGCUUAGAAUUAAUUUUGAUUUUCUUUUGAAAGAAUUACUUAAAAUUUAUCAUCAAUGUUGGUAGUGAGUUGGAGAUAGUUUCUCAUUAGUAUAUGUCUCUGUGAUGUUUUCAACCAAGAGCCAAACUGUUAUUGAUUUACAUGGGAAAAGAGCUCUAAGUAUAAUUUUCUUUAGCUUACUUUAUUCUUUGAAAGCUAUUUCAAGGCUACUAAGUACAUAAUCAUUAAUUUUAUUUACUCAGAAGUUGCCUCUGUUACUAUGUUACUUGUUUAGUUAUUUAUAUAACUGCAGUAUUUUGUUUAACACUGGGAUUCAGGCUGUACAAAAGCAGUAGCUGACAGAAAUUGUAUGUAUAUUUUUCUGAAACGUAUCAAUUCCUUAAGUUCAUUUUAGAGGAAGUUCCAGAAGAGUAACAUAUCUGUGUUUAAAAACAAAGGACAGGUUGGGUCCUUGGUAGAUGAUUUGAAUCAUUCUACUUUUGCCACUGAAAGCUUUUUAAUUGGCCAUGUAUCUAUCAUCCAACUGGAUCUCGAUGUCAUUGUAAGGGACACCAGGUUCACAAAGUAUUAAACAGGUUGCAUCUUUUUUUUUUUAAUCCAAAAAAAGCAAAUAUGAAGCCAAACAAAUCUCUAGAUCCCACUUAUUUAUUCUAGCAGUAUUCCUGAAGUGGUGCUUAAGGGUCAGAAUUUUCUGGAUCUUUGCUAGUCAAGCUUUAGAUUUGAUUUAACUGGGACCACAUGCCUGUCAUCCCUCUGAUAAGAAAGUUCAUUUUAAUUUAGAUUAACUCUAACAUCUGCCUGGGUUUUUAACAGGCUGUGAGCCAGUGAGUGCCUUGUUAACCUAGAAUGAUUUUCCCUGGUUGUGUGUUAGCUCCUCUCUGAAAAUGUCUCAGAGAAUGGUAUUUUAGUUGACUUGUAGAGAGCUGCUAAAUUUGGUGUUAUCAGCAAUCAGAAAGCCUUCAGUCUACCACAGACCACCCUCCCUACUUUCUUCUCAUUGUUUGGCUGAAGUUUGCCUCUUGUGAGAAACAAAUACAACCCCCUUCUCCACAUAGCUUUUUUCCAGUCCAGAGUAAGAGGUAUCCCCUAUACCUGUCCCAACUAUAUGAUCUAAUACCUGUUUUUAGGAGGAACCACUUCUUUGUAAUCCUGUAAUCUAUCGGUUAUUUUAUGUCUUCUUCAACUUCAGUUUACUAGAGCGGACCAUAGGGCAUCAUCAGUUCAGAGUCAUAAAUAACUCCUUUUCUCCAACCCUUCAUCCCUCCAACUGGUGAUCUCUGGGCCGGAUUGUUUGAUCUUUCAGGUAUUUUAAAAUUUAGGUAUAAUAUCAAUUAAUGUAAAUGAAUCCAAAUGCUAAUUUUUGUGGUGCAAGAAGUUUCUUUUGUAAAUCAGGGUAUGGAUAAGCUAACUAAGAUAUCCUUUUUUGGUGGCUCUAAGUGUAUUAUUUGUUUUUAAAUAAAGUGUACAAAUAUAGAUAAUGUGCUAUAGAUGUCUCAUGAAUUGAAAUAUAUGUCAGAUUUGGAAUCUAGUGGAUUUGCAGUUAAAAUACUUUAAUACAACCUGAUUUUGUUUUGGGGGGGAGGUAGUAAAAGGGAGCAGAGAAAUAAAAGUGUAUUAGACAAAGUAGAUGUGAAUCCAAAGUAAUGAACCAAUCUUAAUUAUUCAUUGUUAAGGAUGGUGGAGAAAUUUAUCAUUAGGGAGUUUGGAGCUUUGGAAAGCCAGUGAAAUUAAAAUACUCCACACGAUUGAAUCAUGAUACUUUCAGGGACAUAUGUAUAUUUUUUCUCAAAUGUUCAGUAACAUAAUUUAAAAAAUUACACAUACAUGUAUAAAUUUAAUAUGCUUUUAUUUUUUCUUUGUUUGGCUGCUUAACAGACAAGCAUAAGCCUUCUACCUCUUGCUCCUUCAGAUCAACAUGAUUUUUCAAGGGCUUCCCCUACUCAACUCACAAUCUCUUUGUUCUAAUCUGGAGCCACAAUACAAUAUAGAAUCUUAAAGGUACCUCUUCUGGUGUCCUUGAAACUGUCCACUGUUCUGUGAUGUUUUGUAUGCUGCUGUAGUAAUAAGUGUUCUAUUCUUUGGUAUGUACACAUUUUUCAGUUGUGUCAGAAAUGUCCCUUUAGUUCCUUGUAAUGAGGACUGAGACAUCAUUUGCUGGAGGUGUUGUAGAGUAAUCUAGUUCAGAAGGUCGAGGACUCCAAAAGUUUUUCAUGGAUGAAUGGAUCUUCGAGGGUCAGCCCAGGUUCAGAAUGGUAUUCUAACCUGCUUUAGGUUUUGAAAGGGCACCACUGAGGUUUUGAGGGGUCCUAGGUUGUCCUGGCACUUAGAAUAUUCCCCAGAAACACCCGGAAGUCUGGUAGCACCCUUUGACUCAAGCACUAUAACCAUAACACAUCCCUUCACUUGUUACUUCUCAGCUAUACCUGUCACUUACAGUGAUGGGGACACUAGUUCUGUGGAGAAGCACUGACAUGCAGCUUUGAAAAUUAGAUUCGAUAUUUUCUGAAACACAAAUUUUAAUUUAGUAUAUUUUGUAUACUUUCAAAACCAAACAGAAUCCAAAAGUCGCCAAACAGAAAAUUAUUCACCUUAAGUUUCACUUAGAUCUUACAAAACCCUAAGCCCUUUCUUAUUCCUAGUUGUUAUUAGACUAGAGGUAAUAGUGUUUUUGGUCAGACUUGAAGAAGGAUCUGACUAUUUGGGAGAAUAAAAUCUGCAAUAUCCUUCCUGUUGGAAGGGUCUGUUUCAUAGAAAAUUCUCUUGUCCUUGGUUAUUUAGCCAUUCACCUUACAGGAAGACUGGUGCAGAUGCUAACUCCAUUUUGACUUCUCCUGUGUGCCUCUUUAAAGAGAUAAUUAAUCCAGUGAUAUAAAGGAGAACCCACAGCAAAACAUCUGUUAAAUAGCACUUGGAGUAUUAGAGUUAGUAUUAUUAAUUCACAGUGCCAAACUUUUUCAUGCCCUUACAAGAUCCAGGGUGUGUAUCAGGUUUGCAGUCUAUAACCUCAAACCAAAGAUAUUUUUGAAUUACCUCAUAUAAUAGCAUCAUCAAAUUAAGGGUAAUGGUAGGAAAAAGAACAUAGACAUCCGUUAAAAAACAUUAUAAAAAAAAAGGGUAAUGGUAGGGAAACCCAUCAUUCACAAAUGAGGAUUCCCAAACUGAAAAACUUCCUUUAAUUGAAAAACAAAAAAUGAAACUGCAUGCUUGGAAAGCAAAAUUUUAUGGUAAGCAUGUGUUGAGAAUAUAAGCAGCUUGUGGUUUAUAUAGUGUGUUGGAAUGUUAAUGUAUACUGACAUCCACCUACUCCUUCCUUACAGAAGUGGAACAAGGCAGUCAUUUUUCAUAAAUAAAUAAGAUUAACUUACCUUAGAGCAAAAGAAAUUCAUCAGAAAAUUUAUUUAGGGUGCUGGGUAACUUGGGUGAGGGUGUGGGAAAGACGUAUCAUGCUAAAAAGGAAACAGCAGUUAGCCUCUGGUCUGGACCUAUCACCCAUUGCCUUCCUUUCUCUUUAAAUGGCUUGGAAAGAUGACCUCUGAGAGCCUUUGAUCUCUAAAAGUGAAUGGUUCCAGUUCUGCUUUUUUGUCAUUGAUUCCUGUCAUCUAAGUUAAAGAUUUGGGGGAAAUACAUCAGAAGUACCCAGGAGUCCCUUGGUUAAAGUGUCAGACAACAUAGCUUUUUAUUAUAUUGUAGGAAGCUGUAUUAACAUAGGCCCAGGUAUGCUGUGCCAUCUGCGUAUGCAGAGUGAAGGCCAGACAUGUAAGAAAUGUCCUGAUGUAGCCAAGUGGUAAUCUCAUGAAAAGAUAGAGUCAUUUUUAUAGAAUAAGUUCUGUUUUGAAUGACUUUGUGCUUUUAGAAGCAUUUUAAGAGAUAUUUACAUCUUUUUCUACAGGCUUUGAGCCCAUAUAUUUCAGAAUAUCCUAUUGAUGGAAUUAUUUCACUCGUGUAUUUUAGAAAAAGAACGCAAUGGUCUCAUGUAUCUUUUUACAGUAGUUUAUGGAUAACACUCCUGACCCCUGCUCCUUACCAAUAUUCAAGUGCCAUCUAGGAAUUUUCAUAUGUGGUAAAUAUCUUAGUAUAUUGCUGACUAGAAAAGCAGUAUUUUUAUACAUAGCUUGCAGGUAAACCGUGGAGCCUUGUGCAUUUGAUAUUGUUAAAAUGAAUGGAACAUUAAGAUAGAGCAUGUGUACCACAUAAAUAAUGUUGUGUCCCUUCAGAGCUAACAAGGUGAAAGUUAGAUUCUGCCAAUUGCCAUUCACAGAUUUUGAAAGUAUGCAUGUUUAACCAAAAUACCAUUUAAUAAUCAGUUCAUAUAACUGGAAACUGUUUUUCAGUGAAAUAUUACCUGUUCAGUUUCCUUGUAUAUCUCAGGGUCAGAAGAAAUACGACUCUAAAACAUUCAGACUUUCUUUUCUCCCAACUCUAAAACAAUCAGACUUGCUUUUAUUCCUUUGGUCAGCCUUUUAGACAAGCAGGACAAUAAGCUCCUUAUUUCUCAUAGUUGUUAGGAUACUUAGGAAUAUAUAUCUAAUGAUUAUAAUAAAAAAACAACAACAACCAUAGAACUUGCAGUUGCAAGCAGACCUUUUUUCUCUUUCUAAACCUCAUUGCUUUCUGUAGGCAAAAAUAAUUUUACUUUUGAACUUCAAGGUUGUAGAUCCAGGCAGUUUUAUACCCUCGAUGUAUGCAGGAUAUAUACAGCUUGCCUCUGCAGAUAAUCACAUUUUAUUUUGAGUGAAUUUUAGAAAUUGUUUUGGGAGUACUAAGAUUGACAAGGAACAUACAAUAGGUCUAAUUUACAUACAUUAUCUUUCAAUAUCUUGUGGAAUUUUUUUUUCUUUUUGAAGCAUGAGGAGCAGUUAGUGAAGAGUUUUCUUCUGAAUGCCUUGAUUCUAACCCCAUUCUCAACUAAGACUUUACAUAUUAGGUAUUGCUCACGUGUCACCUAAGAAAAUAAGAGGUGAUGGUUAUUUGUUUACUGCUGUCUCUGUAAGUUCCUUGAGUCAGGGACCAUGUUUGUUUUUCUUAUGUUCCUCUUAACACCUCUCCUGGUGCCUUACCAUAUAGAAACUACUUGAUAAAUAUUUAUUGGCUGAGUGAUCAGAGAACACAUUUUAAAACUCUAAAUCUAUACAGAUCAUCAAAAACAAAGGUGGGGGGGAGCAUCCCUGCCAGUCCCCAGGAGAUCUCAAAUGUAUUUAGGUCUGUGGAGCUGAUUGAGGUGUGCACCCUCCUUAGGGAGGAAUUUGGAUCUCACCUGGAAGGUGGCAACAGAAUGCCCAAGGUAGCACCCUCUUCUGCUAUGCACUUCCAAUUUUGGCAGCUUUGGAACUGAGCAAAGCAUGUGGGGGAGUAGCAGGUCUCUCUGAGCCCUGUUGUAGUGUCCCUUCCAUCCCCCUGACCUCCUGAACACCAGCCCACUGGCCUCUGAUCCCUUGACAGGGAACUCUCCAGCCUGGAACCUAACCCUGCCUUGACUGUCUUGGGCCCAGACUGUCUACCACUCUUUUCCCUUGUGACCCUCAGAUGGUCCUUCUCUUCCUGACUGGCUUUUUUUUUUCCUCCAAAGAAGUCAGAAGCUUCUUCCAGUAGAAGGUUGUCAAGAAAGGCGUUCCUUUGGGGAGCUUGCUUUGGAGUUGAAGAGUCUAGGACAAAAUCCCUCAGGAUGUUCUUAGAGCUGUUUUUAUCUUGAAGAUUUGAUGGUGAUUAUCUUAAUGUUUAUCACCUCUCCUAGGAAUACUUCUGUGUUGUCUUGGUUUGCUGCUACCACUCUAGCAGGGCCCAGGAGGCUUGAGGCCUUGAGCUGAACAGCUUAAUUGAGGAACAAAAAGAGUCAACUAGAGACAGGGUAUUUAUAUUUAACAAAUACAAAUCAAAUGGCUUUUAAAUCAUUAAUAGAAUCAUCAACAGAGUGAAUUAUGUGACUAUGAAAUAUUCAACUAAAUAAAUCUCAGAAUAAUAUUAAACCUAUAUAUUAUGUAAGAACUAUUAUCUCUUUUUUAAUUAUUAAAAUAUAAUUCCUUUAUGGUCAGUAUAGCACAGAGGAAAGAGCAGCAUUUUGGCCCGGACACAGGACAUUUAUUGUUCGUGAGACUUUAGGUAAUCUAAUCUGAGUUGGUUUCUCAUCUGUGUGCCUACUUAGAUUGACUUGAGAUAAUAGAUAUAUAACACCUGAUAAAAUGUCAGGCGGUAAUGAGCAGCCAAGAAAUAAGUAUUAUUCACUCCCUAAAUUCAGUCUUCUUAUUGUGUAAUUCUGUCAGACUGCUGAUAGCUUCUGAAAUACCAGGUUUUUAGGAGAAAUAAGGUUAAAAUGAACAUCAGGAGGAGCCCGAAAGAAGUUACGCAUAAAAUAUUAGUUUCCUCAACAAUUGAGUGCCUGCUGUGUGCCAGACAGUCCUAGGUGCUAGUGCUCAGCAGUGAACAGACAAAAUCCUUUACCUGCAGCUGACACUGCAGUUGGGGGAAACAAACAACAAAUAAUAUAAGUAAAAUACAUAGAAUAUUAGUGAUAAGUACUGAGGAAAAACAAAGGGAAGGGAGAUGAUUUGAUGUUUCUCAGAUUAAAAGUGAUACAAAUUAAUAGUACUAUGAUUUAAAUUAAUACAAUUAAUUAAAAGAAUAUCACAAAAGAGCAAUAAAUGAGAUAAUAAAGAUGCAUAAUGGCAAAACUAAUAUCCCACCAUACCAUUUCACUCCCACCUCCCUUGUAGCAGCCUGAUAUAUCUAUCUUUAUUCUCACACAGAUAUGUAUACACAAAUAUUACAUACAGGGUUUUGUCUUUUUCUACAGUUACUCUGCAACUUCUAAAAUGUAAUGUGUCUUUUGAGUCCCUUUCAGGUCUAUAUAUAUAUAUAUAUAUAUAUAUAUAUAUCUUUUAAGUUUCUUAUACACACACAAUUUUAUAUAAAUAAAAUGAGACUUUUUUGGUGGGUCACUUUGCUUUAAAUGGGAUCAUGUAUAUCCUCCGUAUCUUUUCUCAUCCAACAGUGUAUUUAGAUCCAAGUCUGUCUUGUAGCUCUUAUUUCAUUCUUUUUAAUGCAGGGUAAUACUGUAUGAUGAUGAAGAGAUUAUUAAACCUGUCCCACGUUGGAGGGCAUUUACUUUGUUACCAGGUUUUUACUAUUAUGGUAAUUGUGCCUGUGCACACAUUCAUGACCAUGAUGAUUUCACUUCUAUGGAAUAGAUUCCCUGGGGUAGGAUUGCUGGGUUGAGGGAUAUGUAAAUUUAAGUUUUUUAAAUGUUGACAGGUUGUCUCCCAAAAAGGCUGAGACAAUUUCUAUUUCCAUCAGUAAAUGUAGAAAAAUACUCUUACCCUUUACACCCAUUAGCAAAAGCUGUUGUAGCAUUUUAAAAAAAAGAAAAAGAAAGGAAAAAAAAAAGUCUGGUGGUGGGUAUAGUGAUUUCUCAGUGUUAUUUUAUUUGCAUUUUCAUUACUACUGUAAAUAUGGACAACCUUCCAUAUCUUCUUUGAUCAUUUGGAUUUCACUCAUAAUUAAAUUACCUGUUGUAUUAGUUUUCUAUCUCUGUAUGCCAAAGUAACACAAAUUUAGCCGCUUAAAACAGCACCCACUGAUUAUCUCCUAGUUCUGUGGGUUAGAACUUCAAGCAGGCUUUGAUUGGGCUCUCUGUUUAGUUUCCAAUAAGGCUGAAGUGAAGGUCUGUGCCAGGCUGGGCUCUUAACUAUAGGCUCUGGGGAAGAAUUCACAUCCAAGCUCAUUCAUGUUGAUGGAAUUUGAUUCCUUGGAAUUGUAGGAUGGUUGUAGGAUGGAGGUCUCUUGUUCCCUUGCUGUCAGCCAGGGUUGUUCUCAACUUCUAGAAGCUGCACUCCAGCCCUUGCACGUGGUCCCUUCCAUCUUCAAAGCUAGCAAGCAUUCAUCCAAUCCUUCUCAUGCUUUGUUUUCUCAUGCUCUGUUUUCUGCUACCAGCCUAAAAGACUCUGCUUUUAAAGGGCUCAUGUGACUAGGUUAGCUGCACCCAGAUAAUUUCUGUAUGUUAAGGUCAACUGGUUAGUAUCCUUAGUUACACUUGCAAAAGCCGUUUGCCCUGUAAAUGUAGCAUUAUCAUAGGAGUAACACCAGGGCCAGAGAUCAUGGGGACCAUCUUAGAAUUCUGCUACCAUAAAUAUUCAUAUUUUUAUUUGUAUCUUUAUAUUCAUUUUAAUUUUAAUUCAUAUUUUUGGUCAUGUUUCUCUUGUGUUUGUCUUUUUAUUUAGUUUGUAGGAGCUUUUUUGUAUAUUACAUUUGUAUAUUACAUUACAUCCUACUCUUGGUUGCAAGUGUUUUUUUCUAACUCUUAUUAGCUAUUAACCACAUUAGUAAGUACUUUUUCCAUAGAAAACUUAGCCAUUUGGAUUUCACUCUUAAGGUGAAUUGUAUAUUUGUAUUUUUAAAUUCACAUUUAAAAUUUUAAUUCAUUUUUAUUUUUCACUUUUAUUAACAUUUUGCCCAUAUUUGCACUCUUUUAAAAAAUUGUAAGUGCUCUUUGUGUAUUGUAAACUCUCUUAUUAUUUGCAGAUUUUCUCCAAAUCUAUUUGUCUUGACAAUAUUGAUAAUAUCUUUUCCCAGUCAAAACUUUAUAUUAGUAUAUAUCCAAUAUUUUGUUUUUCAAAAUAUAGACAUUUGUGAAUAUAUAAACAUUUUGAAGUAUUCUGUAUUUUUUUAUAAUUAAUUAAUUAAUUUAAUUGGCUGUGCUGGAUCUUCAUUGCUGUGCGCGGGCUUUCUUUAGUUGCGGUGCGCGGACUCCUUGUUGCCGUGGCUUCUCUUGUUGUGGAGCAUGGGCUCUAGGCACGUGGGCUUCGGUAGUUGCAGCACAUGGGCUCAAUAGUUGUGGCUCACAGGCUUAGUUGCUCCAUGGCAUGUGGGAUCUUCCUGGGGCAGGGAUCGAACCCAUGUCCUCUGCAUUGGCAGGCAGAUUCUUAACCACUGCGCCAUCUAGGAAGCCCCUGUAUUGUUUUAAGGUCUUUACCCCUGAGUGGCAAGUAUAGUCUCCUGGAAUGGCUUCUGCAUUUUAUUUUAUUUUAUUUAUUUUUUUUGGCACAUGGACUUAGUUGCUCCAUGGCAUGUGGGAUCUUCCUGGAGCUGGCAUCGAACCCCUGAGUGGCAAGUAUAGUCUCCUGGAAUGGCUUCUGCAUUUUAUUUUUGUUUUUUAUACAUUUGUCUUUACUCCAUUUGGAAUUUGUUUUUGUAUACAAUGCAAGCUAUGGAUGCAACUUUACUUUCUUCUGAGUGAGUUACCAAUUGUUCCAGCACCCUUUAUUAAAUAAAUUAUCUUUUCCCAGUGAAUUGAAACACCAACUUUGUCAUAUGUUAAAUUUUCAGGUAUGAGAUUUAUUUCUCAAUAUGCUAUUCUGUUUCACUUCUAGCUGUCUUUACAUAUGGCAGUGUCAUAAGGAUUCAGUUACAGUGGCUUUCUGUUCUGUUUGUAAACAGUGGUUUUAUAAAAUGAUCAGGCAGAGCGUUUUCUCACACUCCUGCCUUCUGUUCUUUUUACUGCUUUUCUCGACCACUUGAAGUUUGUGACCACUUUAUCCACUUAGGGUUUGAAAUUGCAUUAAAUUUCCAGAUUAAUUUGGGGAAAUUUGAUAUGAUAUUGUCUUCGAAGAACUAAGAAAAUUGUAUUUUUUUCAGUUUGCUCAGAUCUUGUCUAUAACUUUAGUAAGAUUUGAGAGUUUUCUUCAUUUAAGUCUUGUAUCUUUUUUAUUAAAUGUAUUCUUGUGAAUGAUUUUUUUUCCAUUUCCAUUUCCAAAGGCUUAUUAUAAAUAAAAGAAAAGCCUGCCUUUAUGGAGUUUUUUUCUGUGUACUUAUCUUGUAUACAACUUUAUUAUAUAUACUUACUAAAUUUUCUCAUUAAUUUCAGCAGUUUUCACCAGAGUUUCUUGGGAUUUUUAGAAAUAUAAUGACAACAGAAAAAUAACUCAACUUGUUUUCUGCAGUGUUUGGCAGAUUCAUUUCUAGAAUCUUUAUUGUCUAGAAACUCCAUCAUAGUGUUGAGUGAUAAUGGUGAUAGCAGGCAUCUCUGUCUGUUACUGAUUUUAGCUGAAAUAGUUUGUGUAUUUAGUUAUUUAGAAAUAUUUAGAAUAAUCUUCAUCUUAUUUAAAUACAUUCUUUCCUGUUUUACCAAGAGAUUUUGUUAGGUAUAGCUGCUGAUUUUAUCAAAUGCCUUUUCAGCAUCGUUUGAUGUGGUUGUGUGUUACUUUCUUUUCAUCUGUUGACUCGCUGGGUUAUGCGUGGAGUUGCUGACGUGAAACCACUCUUGUCUGCUUCUAAUAAAGAGCCUGCUUGGUCAUAAUGUGUUAUUCUUUUCUUAUAAAUCGGUAUUCUAGUUGCUAAUCUUUUAUUUAGAACUUUAGCAUGAAUAUUCAUAAGUGAGGUUAGUCUGUAGAUUUCUUUAGUGGAUUAUUUUUUUAGGUGUAAAAAAUUAUGCAGCUUGGCAAAAUAUGGGAAUAAUCAGAAGGCUCACCCACUGCUGGUGAGAAUGCAAAUUUAUUUUCAUUCAUUUAAACAGUUUCCAAUUUAUUGGAGAACCAUUUGGCAGAAUAUACUAAAGUGGAAAUAUUCAUACCAUGGAAUCUAGUAAUUCUGCUUCUAGGCAUACACCCAAAAAAAUGCAUAUAUAUGUUCACCAAAAGAUAUGUUUUAGAAUGUUUACAGCAACACUAUUAGAAAUAGCCUCAAAUAUGAAACUACCUAAACUCAAAUAUGAAACUACCUAAAAGUCCAUCCACAUGUUACAUUUUUGUGUAUUCAUACAAUGGAAUAUGAUACAAUGAGAAUGAACAGUUUAUAACUAUGUGUAACAUACAGAUGAAUCUCAGAAGCAUUAUGAUCAACCUAAAAAGCCAAUGGUUAGGACUCCGAGCUCUCAUUGCUGAGGGCCUUUGUUCAAUCCCUUGCCUCGGAACUAAAAUCCCACAAGCUGCACGGCGCGGCCAAAAAAAAAAACAAAACCAAAAGCAAAGCCAGAUAUAAAAGAAUGCUAUAUGCUUUCCUUCAUAUAGAGUACAAAAACAGGCAAAACUAAUCUGUGCUGUUAGCAGUCAGGAAAGUUUAUCCUCAGUGGGAGUAGGUAGUGGAGGAGACAGUAUCUGAAAGGAAGUCUGAGGGGGACUUCUGGAGUGCUAGUAAUGUUUUAUCUGUAUCUGAAUGCCUGUUUAUGGUGGAUUGUUUAGUUAAUGAAAAUUCAUCUAACUUACACACUUGUGUACUUCUUUGUGUGUAUAUAUAUAUAUUUAUAUUCAAUAAAAAGUUUUUAAGAAUACCGUUUCAUAACAUAAAUUGGGGAACUUUUCAUCUUUUUCUGUAGUUUAGAAUUGUUUAAAUAAGUGGUCAUUGAAAUUACCUGUUAAAGAUUAGAUGGAACUUGGCUAAGAAAUCUUUUAUUCCUGAGGCCUUAUUUAUUGUGUAGGACUGUCUCAUGCAUUUUAGUUUGCCUCCCUAGCUCUUGGGAAUACACACAAACACACAUUAAGGUUUAUUGCUCACCCCUAUUUCCCUCUGCUUCCUUUAUUUUCCUCUAGAUUGAAGUCUCUGUUCUAAUUAAUAUCUUGUUUGCUUCUUAGUAUUUUCCUCAGG